GUCAAGGAGAAUCAUUCGUGAGAAAAAUUCCAGAACAAAGUUAUACUUUUGAAUAUUUUAUACAUUCAUACAAAAAUGGCUCCAGUUUUCGAUUCAAACUUCUCGAUUAGAUCGAUUCUUUCGGACACUUCCAGUAACGGAAGCAAUAGUGACGAGGAAAAUCAACCACAACAAGAUGUCCUUCAUCAUCAUCAUUAUCAUCAUGAAGAGCCUCAGACCUCGAGCAGUGACGAGGAUUGUGACCAGAGACCUCCAUACACUUAUAGUGCCUUAAUUGUGAUGGCCAUCCGAAAUAGCCCCAAGAGGCUUCUUACUCUCAACGAAAUUUGUACGUGGAUAGCAGAUAAUUUCCCAUAUUACCAACAAAACAAAAGCACCUGGCAGAACUCAAUCCGCCAUAACUUGAGUAUUAAUCAGUGUUUUGUUAAAGUACCACGACCCAUGGACGAUCCAGGUAGAGGUCACUACUGGACAUUGGAUGCAUCGGCUGAAGAUGUCACCAUUGGAGCAACAACUGGCCGGCUAAGGCGAGGAGAUCCUGUGUCUGGAAAUCAAUAUCCAUAUCAGCACUAUCAUCAUCAUCAUCAACAUAAGCAUGUCUCAUCGGGACCCUAUGCAGUGUACUUUCCAACUCCAGAAGAAGUCAUGGCCAUGCAACAAUCGGCAUUACAGGAACAACAAAUGUGGAACAACUAUCAUCUUUAUCAAGAGGGUAUGAUUCCAAGUUGUGGGGCACCUUACUCGGACUUAUCAAUGGAAUAUCAGUAG